AUGUUUGACCUACCUGCUAUGCUGCUCUGCUCGGUGGCAUCCUUCCUCUUCCCGAUCUUCGCUUCCUACAAGGCUCUCAAAACCUCCGACCCGGCGCAGCUAACACCAUGGCUUAUGUACUGGGUGGUGUUUAGCAUCUGCCUCUUGGCCGAGUCUUGGGUGUCAUUCAUUGUCACUUGGAUACCCUUUUAUGGAUACUUUCGUUUGGUGUUUCUCCUCUACCUCAUCUUACCGCAAACCCAAGGCGCCCGUGUUCUAUACGAGCAGUACGUCCACCCCUUCUUACGAGACAACGAGUCGCAGAUCGAUGAGUUCAUUGCGAGCUCCCACGAGCGACUCAAAUCAGCAGGGCUUUCAUACAUUCGCCAAGCUAUCAACUAUGUUAGAGAGAACUUGCUCGGCAUGCCUCCGGCUGAGCCGCCCGCGCCUAUGCCCGAGAACGUCGGCGCCCAAGGCUAUACCCAGGCGCUUCUCUCGAGGUUUAGUAUCCCUUCCGCUAAAUGGGCCACAACUGGUGCACAGGGCAGCGGCGACUUCUAUAGCCUCUUGUCCAGUGCAGUCGCGGCCGCUAGCGGUGCCGGAGCUGCUAGGAGCGCUCCAGGUACUGACCUGACUGCGUCUGGCCAUCUCAUCCCGGAGCACCUGCGUGAUUCUGGCGAGAAGAUGAGCUUCAUAUCUACCCAGAAAGAACGACUCAGCUACCUUCUGGCUGCUCUUGACCGUGAGGCGCAAGAGCUUCAAAACGAGACACCAAAGCAAGCCACGCCAGGCGCUUUUGACGGGCCGGCGGACGCCGACUCUGCGCCUCGAUCGCCGAGCGGGCUUAGCAUGCUAAGUGCUCUCAGCAAGAGCCGUAGCGAGGGCGACUUUGAAAAGAUUGAUGCCGACAGUGGCGCUGAGGAUGAGCUGACUAUGCGCAGGCGCAAUGUGUCGGGAGGCGGCUCUUGGAUGCCGUGGGGAUGGGGAGGCGGCGAGGGGCACGGCGAGGACCAUGGCUCUACCACCGGACGGGAGCAUUAG